CCCUUUGAGACAACUGCUCUCCGUCCACUCCUUUUACGGGAAUCCAGCUCCCGUGCACAGGUCUCUCAGUCAGCCACUGCCAUCUGAUAGUCGUCAUCGAGACACCGUCAAGACACAAUGAAGAUCUCACUUGGCCUUGUUUCAGCGCUGGCCGCCGCCGGUCUGGUUGAGGGGCACAUCGCCGCUUGGGCUGAUGGCAUGUAUUGCCGAGGCGGGAACAAUACCGCUGUAGACGAUUCCAACACCAACCUGGUAGUCAACCCGCUCUACCAACUCCCGAAAGCCAAGUGGUGGAUGCAAGCCGACCGCGGAUGCGACAAGGUGCCUCCUCCGGCGGGCCAGUUCCUCAACUUACCCGCCCGGGGCAAGUUCACCGUCGAUCUCGGAGCCAACCGCGGCUGUACAAGCCUUUCUUACGGCGGCAAGACCGCGACGCAGUGGCCGGACUGCAGCGAACACCCGGAAGACUGGCACGCGCCCGGGCCGGGCAAGUGUCUCGUCGAUAACCCGGACGGGAAGGGCGGGGCGAUGCACACGCAGAACUACACCACCACGGCCGGCACAGCAUUCGCCAUCAGCUAUCAGUCGGAUAUCAAGAAGGUUACGAUGGAAAACCUCGUCGUCUUUUCAGUUGUCGAGCAUACUCCUUGGAAACGCGUGACUUCGUACCAAGUCCCAGACUUGCCUGCCUGCCCGGUGGGAGGUUGCUACUGCGCCUGGCUCUGGGUGCCAGAUGGAUGUGGCCAGCCAAACAUGUACAUGCAGAACUUUAGAUGCAAUGUUACCAACGCCGUUUCCACGAAGACACUAGGAGUCGCUAAGCCGCCUGUCGCUUGCCGAGAUGAUUCGAAGAAGUGUGUCGCUGGACCGAAACAAAUGAUUGCCUGGAAUCAAGCCGAAGGGAACAACGUUCCGGACAUCGGGUACAGUCCCGGGUACAACGCCAGGAUGGGCUUCCAGCCAGGUGCUCAAAAUGACGUUUUUGUCUAGACAGCAUCGUCGGAAUUUCGCCUCCAGUCAACCGCCUGCAGGGUUCUAGAUCCGGAUAUGCACACCUUGACCGAGUGGAGAGCGCUAGCGAAGCUCACCUGUGACAUGGGGCCCAGCCUGGACGGUUUUGCACGGUGAACUAUUUUCCAUUUCUUGUACAUAUUGAUGACCAUAAGCGAAGGGGAGAAAGCACAAACAUCAUUUGCUUUACUCGUGAGAGGAACCGGGGCCUAAUGCACGUAUUGCCGAGCGCUUUUUCGCCAAAAGUUGCC